AUGACACCCGCCUGCACCAAUAGCACACGCGAAAGCAACCACAGCCACACGUGUGUGCCCCUCUCCAAAAUGCCCAUCAGCCUGUCACAUGGUAUCAUCCUCUCAAGUGUGCUGCUGAACUUCCUCACCGCCUCGUUCGUCGGCAACGUGGUGCUGGCGCUAGUGCUGCAACGCAAGCCGCAGCUGCUGCAAGUGGCCAAUCGCUUCAUCUUUAACUUCCUCAUCACCGACCUGCUGCAGAUUUCACUCGUGGCCCCCUGGGUGGUGGCCACCUUUGUACCUCUCUUCUGGCCCCUCAACAGCCACUUCUGCACGGCCCUGAUUAGCCUCACCCACCUGUUCGCCUUGGCCAGUGUCAACACCAUCAUGGUGGUGUCAGUGGAUCACUACCUGUCUAUCAUCCACCCUCUCUCCUACCCGGCCAAGACCCAGCGCCGGGGCUACAUGCUCCUCUAUGGCACCUGGAUCGUGGCCAUUCUUCAGAGCACACCCCCACUCUACGGCUGGGGCCAGGCUGUCUUUGACCAGCGCAAUGCCCUCUGAUCCAUGCUCUGGGGAACCAGACCCAGUUACACCAUCCUCAGCGUAGCGUCCUUCAUCGUGAUUCCAUUGAUUGUCAUGAUUGACUGCUACUCCGUGGUGUUCGGGGCAGCCCGGCGGCAGCACGCUCUGCUGUACAACGUCAAGAGCCACAGCUUGGAGGUGUGCCCCAAGGCCUGUGUGGAGAAGGAGAACGAAGGGGUAGAGAAGAAGGAUGAGUUCCAGCAUGAAAGCGAGUUCCAAGAUGAGGCCAGGACCAAGGAGAGCAGCGUGGAGGCCAAAGAGGGCAGCAUGGAGGCCAAAGAGGGCAGCAUGGAAGCCAAGAAAGAUAGCGCAGAGACCACUGAGGCCAAGGGCAUUGAAGAGAUCAGAGAGAGUAGCAUGAUAGCCAGCAAAGGCAACUUGGAGGCCAAGGCAGGCAGUGUGAAAGGGAAGGAAGGCAGCACCAAAAUUGAGGGGAGCAGCAUGAAGACAGACAAGAGCUGCAUAGAGGUCAGUCAGUGCAACAUUGACUUGGGUGAAGAUGACCUGGAGUUUGGUGAGUGUGACAUGGAGUUCGGUGAAGACGACAUCAAUUUCAGUGAGGAUGACAUUGAGGCAGUGAACAUCCCAGAGAGCCUCCCACCCAGCCGUCAAAACAGCAAUGGUGACCCUCCUCUUCCCCAGUGCUACCAGUGCAAAGCUGCCAAAGUGAUCUUUCUCAUCAUUUUCUCCUAUGUGCUGUCCCUGGGGCCUUACUGCUUUCUAGCAGUCCUGGCUGCGUGGGUGGAUGUCCAAACCAGGGUACCCCAGUGGGUGAUCACCAUAAUAAUCUGGCUUUUCUUCCUGCAGUGCUGCAUCCACCCCUACAUCUAUGGCUACAUGCACAAAACCAUCAAGAAGGAAAUCCAGGAUAUGCUGAAGAAAUUCUUCUGCAAGGAAAAUCCCCCAAAAGAAGGCAGCCACCCAGACCUGCCUGAAACAGAAGGUGGCACAGAGGGUGGGACUGAAGGCAAGAUCAUACCUUCCCAUGAUUCUGUCACUUCACCUUGAAGUCAGUUCUCCAGCAAACCUUUGAACUGUCCACCAUGCAGAAAACAAGAGCAGCUUUCUUUUAAAUGGACCAUCCACAGUUCCAUUAAUGAAUACCAUUCCAUUCUAGGCAAAGGUGUCACUCGCACAUCCU